GGCCGGGGCUGCACCGAGCCGAGCCAAGCGGGGCCGGGCCAGGCCAUGAGCGGCUACACGGAGGAUGAGAAGCUGCGGCUGCAGCAGCUCCGGGCCCUGCGGCGCCGGUGGCUGCGGGACCAGGAGCUGAGCGAGCGGGAGCCCGUCCUGCCCCCGCGCAAGCUCGGCCCGGUGGCCGCGUUCUGGGAGCGCUUCCUGCGGCCCGGGGGGCUCUGGCGGCAGCAGGUGUACAAGGCCUACCAGACCGGCGGGUUCCUCCUGGUGCGGGUGCUGAUCCCCGCCUGGCUCCUCACCUACUACGUGAAAAAAAGCCUCAUGGAAUGGUCAUGGCAAAUCCACGGAUAUUCCCAGGGGACAGGAUUUUAGAGACUGGAGAAAUCAUGCCACCCCUGAAAGAAGAUCCCCACAAGCACCACUGAUGGCUGGGAGCUGAUUUCCUCCUUCAGCAAACACAGCAGGAGCUGCACCUGCUUUCUCUGUUCUAUAAAAGAGUCUUUAUUCUCCAUUGCC